UGCGAACUUCGAAGGUUUCCUGUUUCCCCGGCAGGCAGGCCGGGCUGAGGCGAGCGGAGGGGCGUGAGUCACACAGGCACGCACUCCCAGCAACAGCAGCCGCCGCUGCUGCUCUUCGUGGGGCCUCCUCGGCUGCCUCCUGAGCCCCUUGGCGUCCUCCUCCUCCUCCGCUUCCCCUGGAGCCCCUAAAGCCCUGGCCGCCGCCGCCUCCUCACCGCGCGGGCGCCCUGGCCUCGGAGCCGCCCAAGGGACGGAUGUACCAUGAGCUGGCUUCCCAAGAACGUUUUGGUGUGGACUCUGUUGCACAGCGCGGCGCCCCCGCUAGGCCGGGCCACAGAUGAAGAUCAUUUAUCCAAACUGUUGAAUGGGAAAAUCAAGUUUCCAACACUUUGCAAAUUUUGUGAUGUGAAAUUAACAAACUGCAAAAAUGAAGGCCAGUGCAAGAGUCACUGCAACCUCACAUCUAUUUGCGAAAAAAAAACUGAAGUAUGUGCAGCUGUUUGGAGAAAAAAUGAUGAAAACAUAACAUUGGAAACAAUAUGUCAUGAUCCAUCGCAAAAGCUCCAUGGGCAUGAAUUGACAGACUACAAUUCAAAGAAAUGUAUAAUGUCAGAGAGGAGGGAAACUGGAGGGUUGCUUUAUAUGUGCUCCUGCGAUGAGGAGGAAUGCAAUGAUGUACUUAUUUUUUCUCCAGAAAACUCACCAACAGAGAGAGUGAUAGAUGUGAUAUCUAAAGUUGCACUAAUAAGCCUCGUUCCAUUGCUUGUGAGUGCCAUUGCUGUGAGCUUUAUCUUCUACUGCUACCGUAUUCAGAGGAGGAGGAAGCUGAACAAGGCAUGGGAGAAAAAUGUGAAAUCCAGGAAACGUAAAGACUGUAGCGAUGUGUGUGCCAUUAUGUUAGAUGAUGACCGCUCUGAUAUUAGUUCGACUUGUGCCAAUAACAUAAACCAUAAUACGGAACUGUUGCCCAUUGAACUGGAUACCCUGGUGGGCAAAGGGCGCUUUGCUGAAGUCUAUAAGGCUAAAUUGAAACAGAACACAUCAGAGCAAUUUGAGACAGUGGCUGUCAAGAUCUUUUCCUAUGAAGAAUAUGCAUCCUGGAAGACCGAGAAGGAUAUAUUCUCCGAUAUAAAUCUGAAACAUGAGAACAUCCUCCAGUUCCUCACAGCAGAAGAGCGCAAGACGGAUCUAGGCAAGCAAUACUGGUUGAUCACUGCUUUCCACUCAAGGGGCAAUUUGCAGGAAUACCUCAUAAAACACGUAAUUAGCUGGGAAGACCUCUGGAAAUUGGGUGGAUCUUUGGCUCGAGGGAUUGCCCAUCUCCACAGUGACCAUACACCCUGUGGCCGCCCCAAAACACCUAUUGUACACAGGGACCUGAAGAGCUCCAAUAUCUUGGUGAAAAAUGACUUAACCUGCUGCCUCUGUGAUUUUGGACUUUCAUUGAGGCUGGAUCCUACUCUUUCUGUAGAUGACCUAGCCAACAGUGGUCAGGUCGGCACUGCAAGAUACAUGGCUCCUGAAGUCCUGGAAUCACGAAUGAAUUUGGAUAAUGUUGAAUCCUUCAAGCAGACAGAUGUGUAUUCCAUGGCCUUAGUUCUAUGGGAACUGACAUCCCGUUGCAAUGGUGUUGGAGAGGUCAAAGACUAUGAGCCCCCAUUUGGUUCUAAAGUGAGAGAACAUCCUUGCGUGGAAAGCAUGAAGGACAACGUUUUGAGGGACAGAGGGCGACCAGAGAUUCCUAACUCAUGGCUCAACCAUCAGGGCAUCCAGAAAGUCUGUGAGACUCUUGUGGAGUGCUGGGACCAUGACCCUGAAGCCCGGCUCACUGCUCAGUGCGUAGCUGAGCGGUUCAAUGAUUUUGAAUACCAGGACACACUUUCAGGAAGAAGCAGCUCUGAAGAGAAGAUCCCUGAGGAGGUCUCUGUGAACAGUGCCAACUAAGAACCAACGAAGCAAAACUUGCAUGGAAGAGAAAGAGAGGGAGAAAAAGGCUGCUCUUGAAGUUUUGUGUGCACAGUCCUGGAACAGGAAGAGGUCUUGGGUGUAUUUUCAGUGGCACUGAAGAUUCCAUUUCUCCUUCAACAUUGAAGCUCCCGUGGAAAGGAAAUGAAUUUAUGAGGA